CCCUUCCAACCCGCGGUCCAGCACUCCCGGGAAAGCCGCCACCUUCCUGUGGCACCCGAGCUGGCGCGGGGCUGUUAGUAUGGCAAGGGCUUCAGCAGCCUGGCCCCGUCAGGUGGCUCUCUCCGGCUCCUGGCAAUCUCUGCUCUGGUCCCAACCUGGCCCCUGCUCUUGGGUUUGACUCUGUGACACUGUUGUGUAAGAAUGUCACCUUAUUUAGGGUUAAGAACCUACCGGGCGUUGCUACCACGGUCACUUAAUGGGCGUCUACCAGGGACGACUACCGUGCCAAGAACCAAAGGGACACGGGGAGUAGGAACAGUGCGGUCCUUAGGUCCACUGGACUGUAAGAAACAAUACAUAACAAACACAUGGAAAAGUGCACAGAUCCUGAGUCCUGCCAAACCGCUUUUCACAGGCUUGCUUGUGUAACCUGCAUCCAGAACAAUCCCAAACGCACUCCUGGCCAAGUGAAGCAGAGAACAGUCACUCUACCAAGUUUGUACCUUGAUGGCUGUUCCAUGGCUCUGUCCCCUCCUGCCACUCCCCCGAUGCCUGCUCUCCCAGGGUUAGUUUGGAGGCCUGCGCUAUGGCUUCCUCAUCCUCUGUCCCAGCCUCUCCUGCUCAGUCCAAGAAGCCUCGAGACAAGAUAGCUGACUGGCUCAGGCAGACUCUGUUGAAGAAGCCCAAGAAGAUGCCGGUCUCCCGGGAAAGCCACCCCAGUGAUGUUUCACAGACAGCCACACAGGACGGUCUCCCAUCCCCAAGCUGCAGCUCACCCCCGAGCCGCAGCUCACCUCCUAGCCGCAGCUCACCCCCGAGCCGCAGCUCAGGAUUGUCUCCUACCCUGCAACCAACACACAUGGACCCCAGCAGCAGCAGUGGCCGCUGGAGCAAAGACUAUGAUGUCUGCGUAUGCCACAGUGAGGAGGACCUGGAGGCCGCCCAGGAGCUGGUCUCCUACUUGGAGAGUAGCAAGGCCAGCCUGCGCUGCUUCCUGCAGCUUCGGGAUGCAACUCCAGGUGGCGCCAUUGUUUCUGAGCUAUGCCAGGCCCUGAGUAGUAGUCACUGCCGCGUGCUACUCAUCACCCCAGGCUUCCUUCGGGACCCCUGGUGCAAGUACCAGAUGCUGCAGGCCCUGACGGAGGCCCCGGGGGCGGAGGGUUGCACCAUCCCCCUGCUAUCCGGCCUGACCAGAGCCGCCUACCCGCCGGAACUUCGAUUCAUGUACUAUGUGGACGGCAGAGGCCAGGAUGGUGGCUUUUACCAAGUCAAGGAGGCUGUCAUACGCUAUCUGGAAACACUAAGUUGACACUGAAGUUGUCACGAGAAAAGCCGGAAAUAGCUCACACCAGGUGCUGGAUUCCAGUAGCUAUGGCAGGAGGCUUCAGGAGCCAGAGCCAGCUGUACUCUGUUCAGGACACGGGAUCAGAUUGCCACCAGCUUCCAUUACUGUGGGCUCCAAAAGAAGAUGGGGACCUCCCCCAAGGAGACCAGGAGGAAGAUGGGGACUCCCCAAGAAGGGCAGGAGAAAGCCAGGGACUCCCCCAGGAAGGCAACGAGGAAGUCAUUGAGUUGCCAAGAGACUGUGAUAUCAGGAGGGUCAGCAGUAUCUUGUCUGCUGCUUCACUGGACAGGAAGCUGACACAUAGCUGUCUUCUUCCCCCUAGAAUUAGGCACUGGGGUAAACAGGUACCAUUCUUCAAGAGGGAUGAGCCUGAUUGAUGAGCUGGAAGUCAAUGCUCUUCCCAGUUGCCUAGGGAAGCUGGGAAGAGGUGGCCGGUAUCAGGUCCUUCCCACACACUCACACUACUGUAGCUCCUUCCCAGAGAUGUCAGCCCACUUCACAAAGCCGGAAGAGAGGCACAUCCAGCCUCACACUGGAUUUCACUUACUGACAAACGUCAUUUGAAAUGCAAACCUAGCCGGGCAGUGCUUCUACCCUAGCAGGGUGCAGGGCUCAGCUUCUUCACCUGGACCCUGUGACACAUAGGACCUGUCUUUAUGUUGAACUGGCAGGAACCAGUGUGUACUCCCAGGAAGGAACAAGGUGUCACCUAUAUUCUCAAUAAGAACAGAAACGUGGUCAACAGCCAUUGUCUCCCCUGGUGUGUACCUGGAGCCUCUUCCUUUUACCAUGUCCCCUUACUGAAAACAAAUUGUUUUUAAAUUAUGAUUUUUUUGGUUACAUACAAAAUAUUCUAAAGGAUAUGAUACCAUACUCAUGCACCUACCACCUUAAUAUAUAAAAUACAAUAAGAACUUUGCCAGGCGGUGGUGGCGUGCGCCUUUAAUCCCAGCACUCAGGAGGCAGAGGCAGGUGGAUCUCUGUGAGUUUGAGGCCAGCCUGGGCUGCAGAGCGAGUUCCAGGAAAGGUACAAAGCUACACAGAGAAACCCUGUCUCGAAAAACCAAAAAAAAUAAAUAAAUAAAUAAAUAAAUAAAAUAAAAUAAAAUAAGAAAACCUUAUUCCUAACAUGCUUAUUUUCUUCGUGUUCUGAAUUCCAGGCCCCUCAUGUGUCCUAACAAAAAUAACCAAUAUUCUGAAUUUUGUCUUGAGCUUUUCUGUAUGAAAUUUCUGUAGAUAUAUGCAUCCCAGCAAAACAUUAUUUAUUUUAAUGACUUUAUCUUUUAUGUGAAUUGCAUGACGAUGCACAUUCCCUUUGUGUGACAUGUUUGUGAGGUAUGUCCACGUCGUUGUGUCACUCAUGAGUUUCCUUUUGUUUUGGGUCAGCGUUCUCGGACUGUGGGUCCAACAACCCUUUCACAGGGGUCGCAUGUCAGAUAUUCCGCAUGUCACAUAUUUAUGAUUCAUAACGGUAGCAAAAUGACAGUUACGAAGUAGCAAUGAAGAUAAUUUUAUGGUUGGGGUUGCCACACCAUGAGGAGCUGUAUUAAAGGGUCACAGCAUUAGGAAGGUGGAGAACCACGGCUCUAAGAUCACUUUAAAGGAAAUUCCAGGUGCUUUCCCCCUAAACAUUGAGUUACAGACCUCUAAAUCAUGAGGGCUUUUUUUUAAGCACGACAAAGUUACAUUUUCACCUUAAUGUAAAAUGCUGUCUAUGAAGCUGUAGUCAGUGCUUUUUGUGUCUUACAAAAUCCUCCCUGUGUGGUUAUUCCUACCUUCUACAUUCAAUCUUGAAAAAAAAAAAGUUGGUUAUAUUUUCUUCCACAGUAUUUCUAUUCAUAUUUAGAUCUUUACUUCACUUGGGGUUGUUUUUGUUUGUCUCUUGUUUGUUUUCUUUCUGGCUUUUUGAAAUGGUCUCUAUCCCAAACUGACCACCAACUUGAGAUCCCCCUAGCUCAGCCUCCCAAAUGUUGGGAUUUCAGGCAUGAUAAGUUACCAUGCCUGGCUUGUUCUUAAUUUUCAAGUCAGAAAUCCAAUUCUUUUCUCUCAGUUUCUAUCAGUUACUCAGUAAUCCAUCCUAUCCCCACUGAUAGCUAUUUGUUAGUUUCUGUCUGUCUGUCUUGUCUAUGUGGCCCUGGCUGGCUAAGAAUUCACUCUGUAGACCAGGCUGGCCUCGAACUCAUAGAGAUCUGUCUACCUCUGCCUCCCCAGUGCAGUGCUGGGAUUAAAGGCGUGCGCCAUCAGACGCAGGCUGGUUCUCUAGUCUCCUUCAAGUAGACCCUGUAUUAGUGCCAGAGGGUCUUUGAAGAAGCCUUAAUGCCCUGUGGGUCAGUUCUUCCUGCUCUUCUUGUUCUUCUAAAUCAUUCUAUCAUUUCUUAAUUCCUACUUCUCUACCUUGUGUAUUCGUACUGUGAGGUGCCCAGGAAAAGUCUAUAUUUUUAUUCGAGUUACACUGAGUUUAUGAAUUUGACUAGGAAAAGCAGGUACUUUUAUGAUAAAGCCUUUCUAUCCAUAAAGGAGAAUCUCCACUUAUGUCUUUAGAUGUAUUUCAAUAAAGUUGUAUAAUAUUUUUCA